CGUUUAGUUUUUGCAAUUUUGGCACGUCCUCUUUCCUAGUUAGCUAGCUAUGCACCUAAUCUUUUUCUUCUUAUUUUUGUAAAAAAUCUCUCUCUUUAAUUAUCUUCUCGACCCUCCUCCACCACCGCAAGUCAUGUCGGCCUUCGUAGGAAAAUAUGCCGAUGAGCUUAUAAAGAAUGCCAAGUACAUAGCAACUCCGGGGAAGGGAAUUCUGGCGGCGGACGAGAGCACGGGUACCAUAGGAAAGAGGCUGUCGAGCAUAAAGGUGGAGAACAUCGAGGCGAACCGGCAAGCGCUGCGUGAACUCCUGUUCACGACUUCAGGCGCGGCAUCGUUCCUGUCAGGUGUGAUACUGUUCGAGGAAACCCUAUACCAGAAGACGAGUGAGGGAAAGCCUUUCGUUGAUCUUCUCAAUGAAAACGGGAUCCUCCCUGGCAUUAAGGUGGACAAGGGCACGGUGGAGCUUGCUGCUGCAGGCACGUCCAGGAACGCCGAGGAAUUAGAGACGACCACCCAAGGUCACGAUGGGCUUGGCACUCGGUGCCAAGAGUAUUACAAAGCUGGAGCUCGAUUCGCCAAGUGGAGAGCGGUGUUGAAGAUUGGGCCCAACGAUCAGCCUUCUGAGUUGGCAAUUGUGGAGAAUGCUCGUGGCCUUGCCCGUUACGCCCUAAUCAGCCAACAGUUCGGCCUCGUCCCGAUUGUGGAGCCCGAGAUCUUGACCGACGGUCCCCACGACAUUCAAAGAUGUGCCUACGUUACCGAGAGAGUUCUCGCCGCCGUCUACAAGGCCCUCAAUGACCACCACGUUCUGCUUGAAGGAACACUCUUGAAGCCCAACAUGGUCACUCCAGGCUCUGAUGAUCAUACCCCAAAGGUGGCACCUGAGAUCAUCGCGGAAUUCACUGUGCGUGCACUUCUGAGGACAGUUCCUCCGGCUGUUCCGGGCAUCGUGUUCUUGUCCGGAGGGCAGAGUGAGGAAGAAGCAAGUCUGAACCUAAGCGCUAUGAACAAGCUCCAAAUGCUGAAGCCAUGGACGCUUUCCUUCUCUUUCGGCCGAGCUCUGCAGCAGAGCACUUUGAAGACUUGGGCAGGGAAAAAGGAGAACCUGCUCAAGGCCCAACAGGUCUUCUUCGCCCGUUGCAAGGCUAAUUCCGAAGCCAGCCUCGGCAACUACCUUGGAGGCCCCUCCGACCAACUGGAGGCUUCUCAGAGUUUGUUCGUUAAGGGCUACAAAUACUGAUCUCCAUUUCAACCCUACCUAGCUACCUAGCUACCUACCUCGUCCCCUCCGACCAACUCCACGACUACGCUUCUCAGAGUUUGUAAUUCGUUAAGGGCUACAAAUAUUGAUCACCAUUUCAUCCAGAAUUACUACCUACUAUUAAUGUUUACAAAAACAAAAUAAAACAAAAUUCUUAAUCCUUCCCCCCAACCCCCAUGGCCCAUGCCAAACUCUUUCUCUCUAAUUGUAUUUCUUGUCUUAAAUCAUCAAAUAUAUUUCUACAGCAAUUCCACCGUUUUAUAA